AUGCGAGCCCCGGCCCCGCUGGCGCUGGGUUGCGUCAGCUUCGCGCUGUGUCUGCUGGAGCUGCCCCGCGGCCGGGCCCUGCCGCCCCGCAGGGACUCGCCGGCCCGGAGACCCCCGGAGCUGAUCCCUUCUCUUCUCGGGGACCCCCCUGGCCCCGAGCCCCCCGCGCUGCUGCCGCCGCCCGCCAGGACCCCCCGGCACCGACCCCCGGACCCCCGGCACCGACCCCCGGCCCACCGGCACGGCCCGUGGGUCGCCCCCCGGCGCGGUGCCCGCCCGGCCCCCCGGCACAGACUGCUCGCCCGCCGGCGGCCCCCGUGGCGCGUCCAGCGCCUCCUCCUGCGGCACGACCUGCGGCGGGACCCCCGGCGGGACCCCCGGCACCGGCGGCACACCGGGGGGCACCCGGUGCGGGUGGGCUGCGUGCUGGGCACGUGCCAGGUGCAGAACCUGAGCCACCGCCUGUGGCAGCUGCGGGGCCAGUCGGGGCGCCGGGACUCGUCCCCCAUGAACCCCAACAGCCCCCACAGCUACGGCUGAGCGGGGAGGGGGCCCCGCGCCCCCCGCCCUGCCCCGCGGGACCCACUAAAGCGCUUCCACGGGCACACGCGGCUGGGCUCCUCCGCACCGGCCGUCUGAGGCCACGCCGGGGGCUGGGGGGGUCCCCGGGGGGCUCCUGCCGUGAGAACCUCCUGAGCCGGACCCCAGGGAGCAGAGAGGACCCGGGGCUGGGAGAUGGUGGCCAGCGGUGGUCCAUGGUGGGCUGUGAU